ACAGUGGAGUCCCGUAGGAUUUUGCAGGACGAAAAGGUAGGCCUAGCUAGCCUAAAUUCUUCAUAUGUUUUGAGCAAGUGUGAAAACUUACAAACACUUCUUCAAAAAAUUUAAUGACAGAAUAUUUAAAGAUGGAGUCAGAAAAUAAAAUCCUGGAAGAAGAUGGAGAAUUGCAGACUUCUGCUGAUGAAGUGUCUGAAGACCUUACUGAAAAGUUGACUAUUGCUGAUGCACCACAACAGGAAAUAUGUGAAGAAGUAAGCUGUGAAGAAGAUAUAUGUGAAAAAGAGAUGUCGUCUAAUUCUAGACCAAGCACGCCAGAGGUAUUACAGGAAAAACAAAAAGAAAGUCAACCAGAUUUAGAAACAGACGAGGCUACAUUUUUACCAAGUAGUGAAGAUGAGGUAGAAAAAGUUGAAGAAAGUAAUGCAGCUGAAAAUGAAAUUAAACCGCUUGAAGAUGGAAUUAAACCACUUGAAAAUGAAAAUGAUGCUAAACCACUUGAAAAUGAUAUUACACCACUUAAAAAUGAUGUUAAACCACUUGAACAUGAUGCUAAACCACUUGAAAAUGAUAUUACACCACUUGAAAAUGAUGUUAAACCACUUGAAAAUGAUAUUACACCACUUGAAAAUGAUGUUAAACCACUUGAAAAUGAUACUAAACCACUUGAAAAUUACAUUAAACCAUUAGAAAAUGAUGUUAAACCAAUUGAAAAUGAUAUUAAACCGGUUGAAAAUGAUAAAGACAAAGUUGAUGUGGAACCUACAGCCGCACAGGCUACUAUUACUAAUUCAUCUGCGAAGCGACGAAAGGCGAAAGGAAAAAUGAACGCAAAGCAAACAGCACAAACUAAGCAUACAGCUUCUGGAUCACAAAUGGCUUACUGUUACAUCUGCAAUCAAUCAUUAAACUCUGCAAGCCAAGCUAUCAGUCACUUUCAAGGAAGAAAGCAUAUAAGGAUGCAGGAGAGGCGGCUGGGUGCAAUAGACUCACAAAUAUAUAAAGUGACAGACCAGGCAAUAAAACCAGCAGCAACAGAAGAACAACCCAAAGAAACGCUGCUGCCUGCCGAUCGAAAAUUUUAUUGUAGCGUCUGCCGGAAGUAUUUGAAUUCUGCUCAUCAAUACACAAUGCAUAUAGAAAGUGACAAGCAUCGAAAAAAGGAACUAAAAAACGGAGAGCAAGCACAUGGCAGACACAUUAAUGAUACACAGGUGUCCGGUAAACAGGUGACCCAGAAAAAGGAAGCGAGAGAAGCAAACAGACAUCAAAGAAAUCAAGCAAGAUUCUAUCAAAUGAAGAGAGAAGAACAAAUUAGUCCCAGAACUUGGCCAACACCUGCUGAUAUGGAUUUUCAUAGGUACAAUCAAUGGUUGCAGUGCCAAGAGCCAAUGAUGCCCCGGGGGAGAGGGAGAGUACUUACUCAGCACAGACGAGGAACGCACAGGGGCAGGGGGUGGCAUGGCAGUAUAUACAAUGGCAACCAUUAUAUCAGUAACAACAAUGGCAGCUAUUCACAUUUCACAGGUAGAAGAUAUCGUAUGCCUACAGAUGUUGCUUUAAGAGGGGGUGGUAGUAAUGGUCGGCAGAGUAGCAUGAUGCACCAACCAUCACGUUUUUAUAGUCAGUUAAGGGAAGAUAAACAUCAAGGACCUAAACCAUCACACAUCAACUACCCUUUAUCAGAAUUUGGUCAAAGUCGAGGUUAUAGCAUCUGAUUGGUCAAAGCACUGAUUUUUUAUCAGGAUUAUAUCAUCUGAUUGGUGCACUGGAUUCCAGUCAGGGCUAUGAAUUCUGAUUGGUCAGAGCACUUGAUCCCAGUCAGGGUUAUAACAUCAGAUUGGUCAGAACACUGGAUCCCAGUCAGGGCUAUGGCUUGAUUCCAUUCAGGUACACAUCAUCUGAUUGGUCGGACCACUGUAUCCAGGUCAGAGUUCCAUUUUCUAUUAGGUUAGCACUUUGUCAAUUAUUUUGAUGAAUUGAGGCAAUCAGAUUUAUAAUUUGUAACAUAAAAAUAUAUAUAAAUUAUGUUGUUCACAAAGUGAAAAAUCAAUUUAUAUUUAUAACUUUUUAAUGUUGUUUGUUUAUUAUGUUCUGUGUUUGUUUACUUCAGCAAGGGGCUGGAAUCUGAAAACUUAUAACUUUGUACGUCUUGUUGUCUAACCGUGUUUCCCUAGCAACCAGAACUAUCUAUAAAAUACUACUUGUACAAUGUUUAUUGACCUAAUGACCUAAUUAACUGAUACAUUAAAUUUGUAACAUUGGUUAAUCAGUAUACUUAUUAAAUUAUUUAUGGGUUGUUUUUUUUUUACACUUUUUUAAUUGAUGUUUGCAGAUUGCUACCUACUUACUGUAGAAUAGAAGGGCUUAAGUUCAAAUCCUGAGAAAGAUUGAGUUGUAAACUAAAUGCCAACUGGGAUAUGAUUUCCAUAGAUCUCUGGUUGAUGGUGAAAUUAUAACUUUAUACUGCUUGUAUCCAAUUGCACCAGAAUAAUAUAGGUAUCGCUAAGACCAUGGGAUAAAAAAUUGUUAUUCAAAUGUGUAAAAUACAAUUUGUAAAAUGAGCCUCCAAUCUCGUUCCCUCUCUUUCUCUAGCACCCUCUAUCUAACCAAGAUUAUAUUUCAUAACACUGCAAUUUGGUUGUUAGCUUGGUGUUUUUAUUGAUAUUAUUUUAUAAAACAAUGAAAGUAAUAAAAAAUUUAUAAAGUAAAACUUAAAAAAAAAAAGAGUACUAUAUUUGUUCCUGUAGGUGUAAAAUGGUGGCGUGAGCAGCUUUUAUGUGAUAGAUAUUUAUAAGAUGAUGACAAUGAUUCAGGCGCUAUGGAAUCCUGACAUUUGAAAAGAUAUUGGAUUAAAUAAAAUAUGUUAAAUAUGUAAAAGUAUGAAUAACUGUUUAUAUAGCAAUUAUGAUAGUGGUUUCAAUAUGCGACAUGAGUCAGAGAAUUAUGACAUUAAAUGAAAUCAUGUACUUAAA